GCAAAAUUAUUAUCAAGAAAAUGGCAUUACGAGGAGCAAUUCGUGUUGGAAGACAAGCCAAUUCAUCUCUGUUUACAAUUCCUUGUUAUCUUCAAACGAUAUAUAAAGUUUCUGCUUCAACCCCACGUAGAAGAUUAAAUCCAAUUUCACAUAAUCAAACAGGAUUAAAAUAUUCGAUUAGGGCUGUAAGUGGAACAUCUGUGGAUCCUAUAGUAUCCAAGAAACAAAAUGGGGAAGAAUCAUCACAGAAUUGGAAGAUUAAAAUGCUUUAUGAUGGGGAAUGCCCACUGUGUAUGCGCGAGGUGAACAUGCUGAGAGAGAGGAACAAAAGUUAUGGAACAAUCAAAUUUGUCGACAUAAGUUCAGAAGAAUACACUCCCGAGGAGAAUGAAGGACUUGAUUAUAAAACCGUUAUGGGAAGAAUUCAUGCAAUUCAAUCAGACGGGACCGUUGUGACGGAUAUUGAGGCAUUCAGAAAACUCUAUGAAGCUGUCGAUUUGGGCUGGGUGUAUGCUAUAACCAAAUAUGAACCGGUUGCGACCAUAGCUGAUGCAGUUUAUGGCGUGUGGGCUAAAUAUCGUCUUCAAGUUACAGGUCGACCUCCUCUAGAAGAAGUUUUGGAGGCGCGGAGGAAAAAGGGAGAAAUAUGCGACAAUACCAAGGCUUGUAAAAUGUAGAAAUGUUCCAUGAUAAAAUCAUCUAGGACAUGGAUCAUGAAGAUGGAUCACUCCGUGGUUAUGGCUUCUGUGUUCGACUUUACGUCUCACCUACAGCUCAUGUCCUACGAGAACAUGAUAGACAUGACAAUUUCUUCGUAAGAAUUAUCUUUAAUGGACAAUUUCUCAAUGUAUCAACAGUAAUGUUGCUCGAUUAUACUAUGUACGUGUCGGUUUGUAUGGAUUUAUACAUAUUCUUGAUAUACUUAUUUGUUAAAUGAAAAGCUAUUUGAGGCCAGUACUUCAUUCAGGGGUCUAAA